AUGGAGGAGGGUGCGUUUGGAGGGUGGAUGCAACAAGUGAAUAGAACCUUUAAUUCCGAGUUGAGCGACUCACAGCGAUGUGUCGUGUUUGAUCAACUCAUAUCCACAUCUGGUGCUACUCAAUUAAGAUACUUAUCAACAAAAUUAGAAUGCUUACUCAAAAGGGAUUUCCUACGUCUUCUUCCACUGGAACUCAGUUUCUAUUUACUGACGUGGCUGGAUCCACAGUCGUUGUUUACGUGUUGUGUUGUUAGUAAACACUGGAAUAAGGUCGUCAAUGAGUGUGCUGUAACGUGGCAAAACGCGUGUCGUCGUCUUGGACUUAAGAUUAAUGCUGAUGACUUACAGGUACAAAAUGGCUGUCACUGGAAGGAGGCAUUUGUUGCUGCUGGUAAUCGAAGGAAUCAGCUCGCCAGUGGACGUGCAUUUGAGUUUUCCACAGUAUAUGGGCACACUGCCAGAGUUUAUGCACUGUAUCAAAAAGAUGGGAAAAUCGCAACAGGUUCUGAUGACCAGUCAGUUAGAUUAUGGGAUGUAGAAAGCGGUAGAUGUCUAUCAGUAAUACAGGCACACACAUGUGCUGAUGUGAAGUUUGAUGAAAACAAACUAAUCACUGCCUCUUUUGAUAACACUAUUUCCUGCUGGGAUUGGACAACUGGUGAGAGAACACAGCAUUUUAUUGGUCACACUGGAGCAGUUUUCAGUGUAGAUUACAGCGAUGAACUUGGCCUUGUUGUGAGUGGAUCAGCUGACAGAACUGUCAAGAUAUGGUCAUUAAUCACUGGAGAACUUUAUAAUACUUUUCACGGACACAAAGAAUGGGUGACAGAGGUGCUUUUACGUCAUUGUGCAAUAGACUCAAUAGUCCAUAGCAAAGGAGACUACGUACUUAUCAGUAUGGAUAGAAAUGAAAUUAAGAUUUGGCCAAUAAGCCGAGAGGUUAAUACAGAAUGUUUAAAAACCCUAACCCUAGCCAAUAAUUUGGAUAGAAGUCAGUGUUUCCAGCCUCAUCUUCAAUUUGAUGGUCUGUACAUUGGAUGUGCUUCUGAUAAUGGUAUCCACAUAUGGAGUUUUCAAACCUUAGACUUGAUAAGAAUAAUUCCAUGUAAUGAGUUCAUAAGUUGUGCACUGCUUGGCAUAGGGUCUGUAUUUGCGAUAUUACUGGACCAAUAUCAUUUAUGUAUAACUGAAACUAAAACUGGUAAACUUGUAUCGAAAUGCCAACUGCCAGCCUACCGCAGAUCAAAGAGAGGCUCUAGUUUCCUAGCUGGAGAAACAGCCUGGCUGGAUGGGUUCAGUUUGGAACAGGAAAAAGGCUUGGUAUUUGCUACAAGUAUGCAAGACCAUAGUAUAUAUCUUGUGAAAUGGAAAGAUACUGGUUAA